GCGUGCGCAUGCGCGGAGCGCGGCGCGCGCGGCGGUUGGGCCGAUAGCUGUUCGGCCCUGGGAUCCGCGGCAUCUUCGGGCGCCUUCGGCUUUGACCUGCGCGCCGCCUUGAGCUCUCGGAUUCGAACGGGCGCAAAGGAGCCUGGGGGCAUUGCCCGCAGCGGCCUAGCUAAUGGCCGGCUGAGCGGGACGCCGCCUCCGCCUCAGCCACCGCCGCCGCCGCCGCCGCCGCCUCCUCCUCAGCCGGCGGCGGCCCGGGCCCAGCAGCCAUGGCUGAAGACUACUGGGACGGGCGCCUGCGGCGAAGCGGAGGAGAAGGAGGCCGUGCGGCCCCAGCCCAGGCCGCCGCCCCAGGCGCCGCCGCGCCGGCCCCGCGGCGCUGAGCUUGCUCGCGCGCCCCCGCCGGUCGCCAUGGAUCGGAUGAAGAAGAUCAAACGGCAGCUGUCAAUGACACUCCGAGGCGGCCGAGGUGUAGAAAAGACCAAUGGUGCCCCUGAGCAGAUAGGCCUGGAUGAGAGUGGCGGUGGUGGCAAUAACCUUGGAGAGGCGCCCACACGAGCUGCCCCUGGGGAACCUCGCUCGGGACGAGGCCCUCUCAGCUCUGCACCUGGGGUUACUCCUGGCUCUGCACUCAGGAAUCACUCCUGGCGGGCUCGGGGGACCAUAUGUGGUGCCAGGGAUCUACCCCGGGUCUGCCGUGUACAAGAGAUUGUCCACGAGGACUUGAAGAUCGGGUCUGAUGGUGAAAGUGAUCAGGCCUCAGCCACGUCCUCGGAUGAGGUGCAGUCACCAGUAAGGGUGCGCAUGCGCAACCAUCCCCCACGCAAGAUCUCCACUGAGGACAUCAACAAGCGCCUAUCAUUACCAGCUGACAUCCGGCUGCCUGAGGGCUAUCUUGAGAAGCUGACCCUCAAUAGUCCCAUCUUUGAUAAGCCCCUCAGUCGCCGCCUCCGCCGUGUCAGUUUGUCUGAGAUAGGAUUUGGUAAAUUGGAGACUUACAUCAAGCUGGACAAGCUGGGCGAGGGUACAUAUGCCACUGUCUACAAAGGCAAAAGUAAGCUCACAGACAACCUUGUGGCACUCAAGGAGAUCAGACUGGAACAUGAAGAGGGAGCACCCUGCACCGCCAUCCGGGAAGUGUCACUGCUCAAGGACCUCAAACAUGCCAACAUCGUCACGCUUCAUGACAUUAUCCACACAGAGAAGUCCCUCACUCUUGUCUUUGAGUACUUGGACAAGGACCUGAAGCAGUACCUGGAUGACUGUGGGAAUGUCAUCAACAUGCACAACGUGAAACUGUUCCUGUUCCAGCUGCUCCGUGGCUUGGCCUAUUGUCACCGGCAGAAGGUGCUACACCGAGACCUCAAGCCCCAGAAUCUGCUCAUCAAUGAGAGAGGAGAACUCAAACUGGCAGACUUUGGCCUGGCCCGGGCCAAGUCCAUUCCAACCAAGACUUACUCCAAUGAGGUGGUGACACUGUGGUACCGACCCCCGGACAUCCUACUUGGGUCUACUGACUACUCAACCCAGAUUGACAUGUGGGGUGUGGGCUGCAUCUUUUACGAGAUGGCUACAGGCCGGCCCCUCUUCCCAGGCUCCACAGUGGAAGAACAGCUGCAUUUCAUCUUCCGCAUCUUGGGAACCCCCACUGAAGAGACAUGGCCAGGCAUCCUGUCCAAUGAAGAAUUCAAGACCUACAACUACCCCAAAUACCGACCUGAGGCCCUUUUGAGCCAUGCACCUCGACUUGACAGUGAUGGGGCUGACCUCCUCAAUAAGCUGCUGCAGUUUGAAGGACGCAAUCGGAUCUCCGCAGAGGACGCCAUGAAACAUCCGUUCUUCCUCAGUCUGGGGGAACGGAUACAUAAACUUCCUGACACUACUUCCAUAUUUGCACUAAAGGAGAUCAUGCUACAAAAGGAGGCCAGUCUUCGGUCUUCAUCGAUGCCUGACGCAGUUGCUGGUGGACAGCAUGGCCGUGCCAGCCUCCCACACUGAGGCCAGGCCUGUAUUCCUCAUCGUCCGUCCCCCAGGACCACUACCCCAUGGCCAGCCAGGGGUCCAGAGCUAGUCCAGGCUGGGGAUCUCGACUCAGACAAGAUGUGGUGAUGAUGCCUCGGGUCUGAGGCAUUCCCCGUCUGCUUUCCUGCCUGCCCCACCUGCCUUGUGUUGUGUGGGCUUUUUUUUGUUUGUUUUGUUUAAUUCAUUUAUUUUUAUUUUAAAUGAGGUUUUCAUUUUUUAAAUGCAAUAUCUCUGUACACAGACCGGCUGGGUCCCACUCCCCGUGUGUGGCCCUUCCACAGUAUUUUGUGCAAUGAAGCCCCGCUCCCAGCCUCUCCCAGGCAGGGACGUAGCCCCUGUUUAGAACCCUGCCCAUCACCAGACCCUGGGGGCGGCUAAGGGAAAGCAUGCCUCAGCCACUCGCCUUCCACCCCGCCUUCACUCCCCAGCUGCAGGGGGACCUGGGGACUACUGGAGAGUCUCUGGGAAAUGGAUGAGGUGUGGGUCCCCCCACUCUUUCCCUCCUGCAGUCCCAUAUCGCUGGGAUCUCCUUCCUUCUCAGGGUCUCCCUAGCCAGCCCUCCUGCCCCCAUCCCACUCGGUGCUGUUGGGUAGGGGCCCUGCCAGGAACUGACCAACUCAGUAAGGAGCCAGUGUGCAUAUGUGUACAAGCAGCGGUAGGGGUAUGUGCAGGUGUUGGGCCCAGGCAUUAUCCCCGUAGCCUUGGGGAGGAUGAGGCAGGGCAGGGACAGUCUCUGGGGUCAGUCCUCAGAUGGGUGGUUACCUCUCCUUCCUCCACUCUAAACCCUGGGGCCCUCAAAUGGGAUGGGAGUACAUGGGUGGGGUCCAAGUGAGAUUUGGGGGGGUUGGGUUCCUGAAUGCACCAUAAUCCCUGUAUGAAAUAUUAAAAAAAAGUCUAAAUGGAAACAUUUGAUUGCAAAUCCCUGGAAGAAGUGGGGGAGGGCAUAACACAGGGUAAAGACUGGACAUUUGCAGAUUUCGCAUCUGGCGCCCAUCUAGAAGAGCACUGGGGAGUGGGCCUGGGAAAUGUUCCUGAUGGCGACAAAGGCAUCUGAGUGGCUGCACAGGCAACAGGAGCACAGUGAAUAGAGAAUGGAUUCAGAAUCAGUGACCUAACUCAGGAGUUGUAUUUACUUAAGAAUAUGAAGAAACCAGAGAGGUGGAGACAGGUAUAGACUUGUUGAAAGACACUUGGAUAACCAAGUGUAACCAACCACACAUUUUUGACUGGGACACUAAGAACAAUCUGUGGAACUGGAAGUUCAUUGGUAUCUAUCUACAAAGUAUUCAAACCACAGGCUGGGUAAAAAAGUGCAGAGGAAGCUGCAGUGGUCUGUGACAGGCCAGUGGUCAAAUGGGAUAGCCUGGGGCUUGCUCACAGGUGUGCAGUCAAGGGUUUCGUUUACUUUAACCUGGGUGUUGUAGAUUCUUUCUCACCAUCCUCGACAAAGCCCAGGGAUUGGCUCAUUGCAGGCAGAGGGGUGGGUUUGGGAAAGGCUAGGCAGUCACCUGGAGUUGAACAGUUCUCAUGUCAGACUCAAUGUGAAUGUCACCUUGGGGACUCCAAGGUUGAAAGGUUUUACUCCCCUCUCCCCCUCAGUUUGCACAGUUGAGUUGUAAACCCCCUUUCCUCUGUGUGAGGUCUGGGCCAGGGUUAGAAUUGCACUAAUGAUGAGGUUAAUGGAAAAGAAAAUGGGCUGUAGAGUACAGGGGCUAAAGCACCUGCAUUAUACACCGCUUCAUUAUACACAGCUGACUGGCACUACAGAUCCCUUGAGCAUGAAGAAGAGUGAUCCCUGAGGGCUGCUGGGUGUGGCCCCCAAAGUAGAGCUAAAUUAUGAGAUGUUUUAUAUUGGGGUUGGGGUGGACGGAAAAACCCAUGCAGGGAGGGGAUGUUCUAGACAUUCCAGACCCAGGGACCUUUGUGUGCAUGGGCCUAGAGGUGUGACAAGUUGUGUUCUUGCCUGUGAAAUGAGGUGAUGAAAGUGAAUAAAGCCACUGAAACAUU